AUGCAUGGUUUACAUACAAAUGAUGAGUUUAGAUCCCACUCUGCUGAUAACCAACUACCAGCUUCUAGAAGCCCUCUUACUAUUUUGAGAGAUCUAGAUAUAGUCAGGGAUAUGACUAAGCCAUCUAAAAGAUCAAGGCCCUCACGAAAUGUAACUCAGCCUCCUCACCUUAACGACUAUGUGAUGAGCUUGGACCAAGAGUACAAUUAUGGUUUUCCUAAGGGUCCUCUAGAGCCACCCUGUAUACAGAACCUUGGAGAUCAGUUUGAGAAGGAUGUGAUGAAGGAGAUCUCGCAAUCUCAAUCGGAGAAGGUUGGUACAUAUCAAGAUUCAACUGGAGGUAUUGGAGGUGAUCGAUAUGUUGGAUAUGGAUAUGGAUAUGAGCCUAGGUACGAGUCUAAUUCAGGAGGCGUAUACGGGCCUGGAUAUGUGUAUCCUGAAUCGGGAUUUGGAUACUAUCCAACUCCGGAGCCCAGUAUGAAUCAAUCCCAGUCGCCUGAUGUGAAUCCAACUGAUGUAAGUCCAACCUCGAACCCUGUCGUGAAUACAACCUCGAACCCUGUUGUGAAUACAACCUCGAACCCUGUUGUGAAUACAACCACGGAGCCUGAUGUGAAUCUGACCAAGGGGCCUGUAAAUCUGACCAAGGAGCCUGCUGAUGUGGUUCCAACCUCGUUUCCAGUUGGGGAGCCAACCAAGGAGCUUACUGUGAAUCCAAACCAGCUGCAGAUCGGAACCCUGGAGAACUUUCCAGGUUUGCCGGAUGGCUGCUCUUUAGUCGAGUUCUUGGAAAUCAGAUUCUCUGAAAUGAAAGAGUUUUUUGAUAAAAAGCUAUCGGAGAAUAAAGCAACCUCUUCAAGCAAGGAGGAGGAGGCUAAAGAAGUGGGUAAGAAGAUCACUGCUAAUAUGCUGAAAACUGCAGAAGAUGUCAUGGAGCUGGAGCAUAUGUGCUCAAAAUUUGAAGAGUUGUGCCCCAACCUGGUGGCAUCCAUGAUGAACGUUUACGGUGUGGACCAUCCAAGCUCCGCCAAGAAGGCUGAAGUCCGCAGGGGCUUCGCUGAUGUGUUCCGCAGAGCAAGGAGCCGUGUGAAAGACCGCAUCCAAAUAGCUGAGGCGAGAGCAGCAAAGAAGAGGAAGAACUCUAUGGAGUGCAGUUCCUCUCAGGAUGGUUCUUCUUAG